ACAUAUAUCAACAGCAUGCUGACAACGAGCAGAUCUUGAUGUAGAUAGCAUCUGGACUUUUCCUUAUGCUACCGCCGGCAAAACAAGAUAAUUUAUACAUUAGUAGACGCGUUCCAUCACAACAAAAAAAUACGCGCUUCCCUUACGUCACUCGUAGGACCCUACCAGCUCCCCAACAGCGAAAAGCAUCGCGCGAAAAUCCCCUAGUAACAGAAAGUUUUCAAGUUUUGUUAAUAUGAAAAAGACACAAUGGAAACUGUAGGAGCUUUCCAGCUCGAUUUUCAUUUUAAAACGCAGAAAGCCUUAUGUAGGCUUCUCCUCGCUAUUUCCACGCACAGUAGUACGACUAUGAGUGGCAACUACUAUAAACAAAAAUACGGCAACAAGCGGCAAAAGCAAGCAUCGCACCAGCAAGCAUCGUACCAGCAACAAAAGCAACGAUUCCAAGAUAAUAAUGGUGUGCGCACUCCUGGCGAUCUUGCACACCAUCUCCAACAGCUGGAUCGCCAACAAUACGGCGCGUAUAAAGAAUUGCUGAAUUACGAAUAUUCUCUUCCUGGCUUCACGCUUAUUUUCGACAAAGUGCAGUCAGACCCGUUUGCGCCACCUUCUCGCAUCCGAGUCCUCGUCAAGAAUGACAUUGCUCAGUUUCCGGAUAUCUAUUACUCCAGCAAUGAUCGUCGCGUCGCGCUGUCAGAUUAUCUGACGCGUGAACUUGUCUCCAAAAUUAAAGUUUUGAGAAUGGAUCGCCGGUUCAAUACCAGUCAUUGGAACGAUGUGAAAGGUGGUCAAUUUGAAAUCAUGCAACCAGGACAGCAAAUACUCGAUCGCACGAGUAUCGUUAUUUAUCAAGGCCAUAUUGAAGCUCGAUUUACCUUUGGCUUACCUGCACGCGGAAGAACGAUUACUGCUCAACGGGCAAUGGAUGUGCUUACAGGGCAGUUACCCGAUAUUGUUAAAUAUGCUCUCAAGUUCACUUUGCUGGAUCAACAGGAUCUAAAGAGUUUCAUCGAAUCCUACGAGGAUCAACAGUGGCUGCGGAAACAGCUGGCUGUUCAAGAUCUCGUCGCCUUUGUGCCUGACGGAGCCAUGCUCCCCCGUGAAUCUGGAGUUUCGUAUAAACCGCUCAAAACACAGAACGCAGUUCCUUUCAAAUCACCAGAAUCUCUUAAAGUUGAUUUUGCCUGCCCAUCCGGCAAACGUGUGACAGGCAUGGGUAUUCGACGAGGCAUUACAAUGAUUGCGGGUGGUGGUUACCAUGGCAAAUCGACGCUUCUGGAAGCUUUGGAGCAUGGCAUCUAUAAUCACAUUCCUGGUGAUGGACGAGAAUAUCUGGUCUGUGAUCCAACCUUAUGCAAAAUCAGAUCCGAGGAUGGACGCAGCAUUGAAGCAGUCGAUAUCAGCCCAUACAUUGACAACCUGCCUUUUGGAGUUGAUUCCACAUCAUUCAGCACCAAAGAUGCCAGCGGGAGUACAUCGAUGGCAGCAAGUAUCCAGGAGAUGGUUGAGAUCGGUGCAGGAACUUUGCUUUAUGAUGAAGACACCUGUGCCACCAACUUUAUGAUCCGGGACCAACGCAUGCAACGUAUCAUCCAGAAAGAAAAUGAGCCAAUUACGCCACUUGUCUACAAGAUUCGAUCAUUGUACCUAGAAAAAGGUGUCUCGAGCAUAUUAGUAAUCGGUGGUUGUGGUGAUUACGUUGACGUGGCAAACUGUGUCCUUGAAAUGAGAAAUUAUUCUCCACGUGAUAUUACAGAAUUUGCCAAGGAAAUUGCUUCUCAAUAUCCAUCUGACUUGCGCCAAGAAGGAGGAACGACAUAUGGAAACGUGGCGCAUCGCAAACUUUGCAUCCCGGAGCAUACAUUGGGAAAACAAAAAGUCAACAGCAUGUCCAACAUCAGUUAUGACGGUCAAGAGUUGGUGUUAUCUGCAGCAUCAAAUCUUGUGGAUCGAGGACAGACAAACUGGAUUGUGGCCGCCAUUCCAUAUUUGUAUAAAGAAAGAAGCACGAUACAAUUCACAUUGAAGGAUGCCUUGUAUCAGUUGGACAGCAAGAUCGAUGCUGACCCUACUCCGCAUCCAAACCAGAUGCUUCGUGCGCCAAUGGAUAUUGUGGACCUUACUGUAGCGACUGGCGAGUAUGCACGGCCUACUGUAUUCCAGCUAGCCCAAGCCAUUAAUCGACUUCGUGGUCUCAAAGCGGUUUCUCCUCUUUCUUGAAUACCUGCACUGAUUGAAUUGCCCUUCUUCAAUAAGUUCCUCGUUCUAUCCUUUACUAUCACCGAUCUAUCCAUUUCAAUCAUUCAAUCUAUUUUUCUGCUGUACAUCCCU